AUGCCUUGUCAAGUUGGGUCCUCCGAGAACAGCAAAGACAAACUGUCUGCCAUCCAACCACUCAGCCCGGAUUCCGGAAACUCGCAGGAGAAGCCAUCUGCGUGGCAAAAGACCAUGAAACCGGUGCUAAACUCAAAGGUCAUGCGGCCAGGUGUAGUUCGAAGCCCGCCCUCGACGACUUUGGCUUCCCUACCAUACCCUGGUUACGUCGAAGACGGUGAGGAAUCACGGAGAAGGAGAAUAGGAGAGUCACAGCCUCAGCUGGUCCCGGACGAUUUUAUUGUAGGCAAAUGCAAAGCAGAAGAGCUGGGCGGGUUUGCCUGUCGCGGGCUGGGAGGGCAUGCAUCUCGGGAAUAA